UUGCUGAAUGCCUUAAACAAAGUCUCACAAAUCCAUCAGGUGGAACACGAAAUGCGUUUGGCUUUGGGUCCGCGGAAUUUUCGUCGAGGGGUCUUGAUGUCCGUAUUACAAGAGAAUGCAAAGUCCAUACCAAUGUGGGUUGGAAAAUCUGGAGAGAAGGCACCGCCAUUGUGUGGUUCCAUUCCCGCUUCUGCAAGUACCACAGCGCAGGCUGGUGAUCAGGUGGCAGCUUUGGUACCUGAACCAGAUGUUGCAGCAACUGCCGCAUGCAAUUUAUCCGAAGGCUGUAUUUUGGCCGAAGUUGUCAGUUACGACGCUGAAAAAAGAACUUAUCAAGUAGAAGAUGUGGACGCUGAGGAGGGUAAAGUGCGCUAUACACUUCCUCGAUCCAAAGUAAUUCCCCUCCCAAAAUGGAAGGCCAAUCCAGUGACAAACCCGGAGGCCAUAUUCCCUAAAGGCACGACCGUUUUUGCCUUGUAUCCACAAACGACCUGUUUCUAUAAGGCGGUUGUUGAUGAAGUUCCAUUACAGGUGCAUGACGAAUACUCCCUCUACUUUGAGGACUCUUCUUAUCCGGAGGGUUAUGCUCCUGCCAUUCGGAUUCCACAGCGUUAUGUGAUAGAAUGUCGUGAGAAAGAUUGUGCCGGUGGAUCCCGAAGACGUUCGAAGCAACCUUCAGACUAAAAUUUUGUCAGUGUUCCCUCUAUGUAAAUAUGUAUUAUUUGGCCGUUGUACUCAUUCCAAAUACUUUCCUCUGAAUUUUUCUGUUUCAAUUGUUACGUGAGGCUUUAUUCUAUAAACUG